GGUCUCAUUGCAGUGCUAUACUGAGAUCUUCUUCAUACCUCUCUCUCUCUCUCUCUCUCUCUCCAAUUAUUUCUAAUGGAAUUGAAGCAAGAAGAGUUCGUUUAUCGAUCAAAGCUUCCUGAUAUUCACAUCCCCAACCAUCUCCCUCUCCAUUCUUAUAUCUUCCAAAACUUAUCCCAUUACAGCUCUCGCCCCUGUUUGAUCAAUGGACCAACCGGCACAGUCUACACUUACGCAGAUGUGGAACUUAUCUCCCGCAAAGUCGCCGCCGGGCUCCACAAACUAGGGAUUCGACAAGGUCACGUGGUCAUGAAUUUGCUACCCAACUCGCCCGAGUUCGUGUUCACAUUCUUCGGCGCAUCAUAUCGUGGCGCUAUCACGACCACUGCAAAUCCCUUCUACACGCCGGCAGAGAUAGCGAAGCAAGCAAAACUUGCUAAUGCUAGACUCAUUGUCACACAAGCUUGUUAUGUUGAUAAGGUGAGGGAAUUCGCCCAAGAGAAUGAUGUUAAGAUAGUUUGUAUUGACUUGGCCCCGGAAGGUUGUUUGCAUUUCUCCGAGUUGAGUCAAUACGAUGAGAACGAGUUGCCGACAGUUGAGUUUGACGCUGACGACGUGGUGGCGCUGCCAUUCUCAUCAGGGACUACUGGUUUACCCAAAGGGGUUAUGCUUACUCAUAAGAGCUUAAUUACCAGUGUGGCUCAGCAAGUGGAUGGGGAAAACCCCAAUUUGUAUUUCCGCUCUGAGGAUGUGUUGCUCUGUGUGUUGCCUUUGUUCCAUAUCUAUGCACUCAACUCGAUAUUGCUUUGCGGGUUACGAGUUGGCGCGGCGAUUCUGAUAAUGCCCAAGUUUGAAAUCGGUGCACUCUUGGAACUGAUGCAGAAAUAUAAGGUCACCGUCGCUUUGAUGGUGCCGCCGAUCGUCUUGGCGAUCGCCAAGUGCACCAUCACUGACAGUUAUGAUCUUUCGUCUGUCCGAAUGGUGAAGUCUGGUGCUGCACCUAUGGGGAAGGAACUUGAAGAUGCUUGUAGAGCUAAAUUUCCAAAUGCCAAGCUUGGUCAGGGAUAUGGGAUGACCGAGGCAGGGCCAGUCCUAUCAAUGUGUCUUAUAUUCGCGAAAGAACCGUUUGAUAUAAAACCUGGAGCAUGUGGAACUGUCGUUAGGAAUGCCGAGUUGAAGAUCAUCGAUCCAGAGACUGGUGCUUCGCUUCCCCGUAAGCAGCCCGGAGAGAUUUGCAUUAGAGGGGCCCAAAUCAUGAAAGGGUACCUCAAUGAUCCAGAGGCCACAGAGAGAACCAUUGACAAAGAAGGCUGGCUACAUACAGGAGAUGUUGGCUACGUUGAUGAUGAUGAUGAGCUCUUCAUUGUGGAUAGAUUGAAGGAAAUAAUCAAGUACAAAGGGUUCCAGGUGGCCCCCGCUGAGCUCGAAGCGAUGCUCAUUGCUCAUCCAAAGAUCUCAGAUGCUGCUGUAGUCCCCAUGAAAGAUGAAGCCGCCGGUGAGGUCCCAGUUGCUUUUGUCGUGAAAUCUAACGGCUCCGAUGUCAUAGAGGAUGAAAUCAAGCAAUACAUCUCAAAACAGGUGGUGUUUUAUAAGAGGAUCAACCGAGUCUUCUUCAUCGAUGCAAUUCCAAAGUCACCAUCUGGCAAGAUCCUACGGAAGGAUUUAAGAGCAAAGCUGGCAGCCGGUGUUCCUAACUAGUUAUUUUGUGAACUACUCUUUGUUCUGUCAUAUUACCAAUUCAGUUGUAUGAUAAAGUUUCACAUCUUAUAAAUUUUCUUUAAAAUGUCCGUAUGUUAAAA